GAUUUACUGGCCCGACCCGGCCUGAAGGAGGGGCUCGAGAAAUUUUGUCGGGGCGGGGGCUACGGUGUUCUGGUUGUCAUGACGAUCUCCUUCAUCCAAGGGAGCCAACCUUUCCGCCAAUUGGCAGUCUACAGCCCGCACUGUGACUUGAGAGAAUCGGUGAGUCGGGCAUUGGAGGAGUCAGAGACCCCUUCGCUACAGUUGACGCCAAUGGACAGCCCAGAUUCGGAAAUCGCGGCCUACCACCAGGGAAAUGGGCAGGCCUCUCGCAAGAAGGUGCUGCCGGUCGUCGGGGACUUUCUGAAGGCUCGGGAGGCCGGCCGGUCAGACUCCGCGGUCAUCUGCCGAGGGUGGCUAACCGGCUUGCGGGCCCCAAGGGGGUGCCAGGAGGAGGAUGGGGAGGAGGCUGUCCAUGAUGAAGAGGUCUGCCUACCCCCCACUCCUAUGAACAGCCUGGUGGAGGGCUGCCCUCUGGACGGGGGGCUGCCCAAACUCUCGCAGGAGGCCAUCUUGGAGCGGUUCGACAAAAUGGCCGCCGAGGCCCCUGCGGUGGAUUCCAGCGACAGCUAGGCCCGGAACUGCAGAGGUGGGAUGGAGAUUCUGGUUUUCACAGUCGAGGUUGUCAAUGGGAGAGGAGUUGACUCGACAGUGGGGAAAGAGGCAGGUUUGAAACUAGCUGGAGUCUUGCCCAGGCUCCUGCCCUCGAUGAACUUUUGCCUCCCUUCUAGGCAAGGAGACACUUUCCUUGACUUAACACCUGGUAUUCCCCCCCCCCCCACUUCCUUCUUUCCCACCUAUCCUCGCUUUUCCCACCUACUGCUACUGCGUGUCAAUCUUCUGGAGAAAAUGUGACCAUGGCGUGAUGUUGUGGCAGGGUAUAAUAAUUGGGGUGGGCGGGGGGGGGGGCGUGCGGAUGUUGAAGGUUCAAAGGCACAAUGGGGCUAAUGGCGUCUUCCUCUGCUGUCCUGUUGCUUGGCAUCCUGACACCAACAUCCACAGGAGGAGGCCAUUCAGCCCCUUCAGUCUCUUCCUCCUUUCAGCGGGGCAUCCGGUUUCCUCCCCACAGUCCAAAGACGUGCAGUUAAGGUGGAUUGGCCUUGCUAAAUUGCCC